CGGCGCUCCUCGUUAGAAUCACCCCGUUAUUCGGACGUCUUCAUCCUCAAAUUGAAGCUUAACCUUGUGGGGUCCCCACGGUGCCAUUAGGGCCUCACAAGGAGUUUUGUCAAGAAUUGGUCCCCACAAAGUAAGAUAAACAAGCUCGCACACACACACACACACACAAGGGGAAAACAGAAAACAGGGAGCUCAUGUGAGUCAUCAUCCUGGCAAACCACGGAAACAGAAGCGAUCACUGUGAGCAGCUGGCGGCCGGACGACAGUGGUGGACCGACACCGCCCACAGUCAGGAGCUGGGACGCAUCGAGACAGCCGCUGAAAGGAAGACUGGGCUCAGCCAGCAGGGGGCAGCCAUGCACCAAACAGUUCCCGGUCUGGCGGGAAGAAGAAGAAGAAGCAGAAGCAGAAGAAGAAGCAGCAGAAGCAGAAGCCGCCGCCGACGACGACAGCAGCGACUCAUGACGGAGAACGGCGUGCAGCUCCUGGCUCGGCUGGACGCUUGUCCGCCUCUGCGCGACCUCGAACCCCGUUUGUUCAGCGAGGACGGGCCAGGUGACGUCGGGGAGGUGGUGGAGGUGUAUGGAGCCGAGGGCACAGGGAAGACGGAGCUGCUCUACCACCUGCUGUGUCGCUGCGUGUUGCCCCGGUCGUCUGGCGGCCUUGAAGUGGAGGUGGCUUUUGUGGACACGGACUGCAGCCUGGACCUGCUGAGGCUGGUGGAUAUCCUGGACCAGCGACUGGCCGCCGCUGGUUUGGACGAGUCGGUGCUGCGUGCCUGUCUCUCUCGCUUGCUGGUGCUCCACUGCUCCUCCUCCUCCCAGCUGCUGCUCACCCUCCACUACAUGGAGACCACCUUGUCGACGCGACCCUGCCUCCUCUUCAUCGACAGCAUCUCUGCCUUCUACUGGCCGGACCGCUCUGUGGGCGCAGCCAGGCAGGACAAGACCCUCAGCAGCUGCGCGGCGCUCCUCGGGCGGCUGCUCAGGGACUAUAAAACCAAGGUUGUGGCCUCCUGUCGCCCCAUCCGGAGGGCCGGCGAACAUGGGGUCUCCCAUAAUUCAGACAGGCCCUUUCUCUGUCGCCCGUGGCAACUGCUGGUGUCCCGCCGCUUUGUGUGCUCCAGACAGGAGCCGCCCGCUGCAGGUGUCCAGAGUGGUCGGAGGAAGCAGGUGUUCUCCAUCCACUGGACCUCUGCCAGCGAGGCCUGCCGCAGCCUCUCCUUCCAGGUGACUGACGGAGGUCUGGAGUUUUUGUAGUUCUCCUGCUUGGUGGGCCCUUUCUCCUCUUUGGACUCGGGUCCUUGUCUGCUCAUGGUCGGAGAUCGUGGGGAAGAAACAUCUGGCGCGGUGACGUUUGCCAUGAGGAGGCGCUCUCGGCCCACGUGAUGUCGCUUCCCAUCUCACUGCUGCAGGAGAGGUCACAAGUGGCUGCACUCUUUUUUUUUUUUUUUUUUUUUUUUUCUCUCUCCUUUCUUUCAAAAACGACUGCAUUCCAUGCAUAACUCCAUCAAUGAGAUUCAGGUGUUUGGGUUGAAACAAGAUCUCCUAAAAAAAUAAAACAAGAACAUCUAUUGUGCAGGUGUCAGACCUGAACUCAAACUGUUGAUCUGAAGUUUCCUUUCAGAAUGAAAUCGAGCCAGGUGUGGUGUGACAUCCCAGGCCAGGACACCACCUCCCAUCUGUGGGUGCAGUGGCUGUGUGCGUGGCCUGAGAAAUGGAACGGGCAAUCAGCCUUUGUGAGUGGUGUUCAUCACUGAUCUGAAAGCACCAGUCUAAUCAAAACCACACCUGCACUGUUGCUCAUGGGAAUUGUGCAUUUAUUGUCCAAUGUUAAUAUUGUUGGACUUGCUUGUGCUGCUAAUAAAGGAGCUAUUCACAGAUGGAGGAGUGAGUGAGUGAGGGAGAGAGAAGUCCCAGGUGCAGCACCAUGGCGGCAGUGAAGGAGACCGGAGGCCUGAGCAGGCAUGGAACUCCUCAGAGGGUCCAGGGUCAGACGCAGGAGGCUGGAAAUCUUCUCCAGAGCUGGUCCUGAUAAGAGGAACCUGGGUCCGGAGGAGGGGAGCGUGCCUAGUGAUCGUUGCCAUGGUGACGAGGGAGCCAGCGACUGAGGACCGAUCGGACGAGGAUGGAGCCCACGUGCAGAACUUUAACGGGUGAAGA